UUUUUUUUUUUUUUUUUUUUUUUUUUUUUUUUUUUUUUUCUCUUUCUUUUCAUUUAUAAAUUAUAUACAAAUCAUGGAUGAACACGAAUCUUCAAUUUUAAAUAAAAUUAUUCAAACAAAGACUCCAAAGACUCAGUUUAAACAUUUAUUACAAGUAGAUCAUAAUUUAACAGCGUAUGAUGACAAAGUAGUGAAUCCUGCUAAAAAAAGAACUUUGCAGGAAUUUUUAGAUGAUUAUAACUCUACAAAAACAUCAUCUAUUGUGAUUGAAUCUGAUGAGGAAGAUCCACCAGAAAUAGAAGAUGAAGAAAAGAUAAAAGCUUUAAAAGAGAUAGAAUUUACAAUAAAUAAAAAACAUUGUCAACUAUUAAAAACGCAUCAGCUUGAAGGUCUUCAAUUUAUGUGGAAUCGUAUUUAUAAAAAACGUCAUGGCUGUUUAUUAGCACAUACAAUGGGAUUAGGCAAGACAUUUCAGACGAUUGUGCUUUUAACAGCAUUAUAUGAGCAACUUCAACAAAGUCCAUCGUCUAAUUUUCCAACUGGAAAACGAGUAUUAAUACUGGCACCAUUAAUCACAUUGUCAAAUUGGGUAAACGAGUUUGAUAAAUGGUCUGUUAAUAUGGAAAACGUGAUUGGAGAAGUAUUUACUUUUUCAGGACUUGGAUUUCGAGAUACAGAUCGCUCACGAUUUUUAAAAUAUUGGUAUACACAUGGUGGUGUUAUGUUGAUGACAUAUGAACAAUUUCGGAUUUUAUUAACUGGGAAUAAAAGGAAUGAUAAGAUAAGAGAUGAAUACUAUACAAUGCUUAUCAAUCCAGGUGCAGAUGUGAUUGUACUAGACGAAGGACACCGUAUUAAAAACUCAAUGGCAUGUAUUACUAACUUGGUCAAACAAAUAAGAACACAGAUUAGAAUUUGUUUAACAGGAUACCCUCUGCAGAAUCAUUUAAGUGAAUAUUAUCACAUGCUAAGUUUUGUUGCUCCAGACAUACUUGGAAGUCCUGAAAGUUUUAAAGCUUAUUUUAAGACUCAAAUAGAAAGAUGUUAUGCAGAUUCAAGUAUAGCAGUCAAAAGACAAGCGGCUCUCAAAUCAAUUGUAUUUCGUUUACUGACCGAAAAUGUAACUCAUAGACGUGAUGGUACCAUCUUAACCAAAGAAUUACCACCAAAGACAGAAUAUGCAGUUUAUUUUACAAUGAGUCCAGUUCAAUAUGAAGGCUAUGUUAAUAUAUUACAACUUUCGAAUGGGGUUAGCCCUCUUACUGGCUUACUUAUUUUACGUGCAAUCUGUAAUCAUCCAAAAAUAUUCCAAUCAUUAUUAAAAAGAAGACAAGAAAAGCAACGAAAAAUAACGAUGAAUAAAGAAUAUGGUACAAGGAACGUGGAUAUUGCUGAUAAUGAAGUUGAAGACGAAAUUGUUAGUAUUCCAGAAAAUACGACUGAUGGCAUGAUUACAUUAGCUGCUUUGGAUACAGAAUUGAUUGAAGAUGAUGAAGUGAAUAUAUUUGAAAAAUGGCUUUCUAAUGGUGGCUUUGACUGGGCAAUUAGUUAUUUAGAAAAAUCAGCUAUUGAAUCAUGGAAAUGCUCAGGAAAAAUGUCGUUUAUUGUUGAUCUUGCAAAGGAUUGUCAAGUGAUGAAAGAAAAAUUAAUUAUUGUUUCUCAUAGUGUAGCAUGCUUGGAUUAUAUCCAGCAUUUAUUACCUGUGUUUGGUAUUAAAAUAUCCAGAAUUGAUGGAAGUACAGUAACCUCGGAACGUCAACUUAAUAUUGACCGAUUUUAUAACGAAGAUGAGAAUAUUGAUGCCAUGCUUCUUUCUGCAAAAGCAGCUGCUAUUGGUAUUAAUUUGACUGCUGCUAGUCGUAUUGUUUUAGUUGAUCAGGAUUGGAAUCCAUUGUAUGAUGAACAAAGUAUUGGUAGAAUUUUCCGACUUGGACAAAAGAAGUCUACUGUAGUUUACAGAUUAAUUUCUGCAACUACAAUAGAAGAACGCAUAUUUGCACAAAGUAUACAUAAGCGUAAUAUAACAAGUCGCAUAAUAGAUAAUAAAAAGACAAUCGAUGUUUCAAAGGAAGAAGUAAAGAAUUACUUUGCUUUGCCAUCAAGUAAUUUAAAACCAAUAAACGUGGAUACAGUUGAAGAGAGUAUUAAAAACGAUUUUAUUUCAUUCAGUUGUUUGAAGCAAAAUCGUGAUUGCAUCACUCAAUUUAUAUUGCAUGACCAAGACAAGUUAGAUAACACGAAUUAUGAAGACAUGCUAAAUAUGGAUGAAGUGGAUAUAGAACAAGCAAAACAUGAAGCAAAGAUACUAUUAAGAAAAUGGAAAAAAAGGCAGAGGUGUUAAAUAAGGGUGUCUAUAUAUAUAUAUAUACAAAUAUACAUAUUUAUUUAUUGUAUGGAUGAUUUAUCACCGAUUUAUUUAUGCAAAACAUCUAUUAUAAAUAACAACAAGCAUUAAAUGAAUGGAAACACGUGAAUAUGGAUGUUGUAAAGCUAACUCUAUUUCAUGUUCUUAUUUAAGGAGACCUAAUUAUGUAUAUACUACUGUUUUCAUAAAUUAUUGACAUUUUUUUUUGAUUCAACUAUCUCUAUCUCUCCUUAUUGGUCAAUAAGAAUAACACUUUCAGGAGUAAUUAAAACAAGUGGUUAAAAUGAAUUGAAUUUCAGAGUAAGAUCAGCACACACAUAUUCAUACAGAAUAGAAAGGAAAAGAAAAGAAAAAAUAUACGAAUAUGAUUAAAGGGAAGGGAGAAGAGAUGCUAUCUAGUAU